UGGUCGUACAAAAAGCCGGUUUCGUUCCAUCAUUCAGCACGGUGGUCACCUUCAAGUUCUCGUCUCUCCCGCCAUUCAUGGACUUUCACGACCACGUUCCGGAUGUCUUCGCUGGCCGUUUCAGUUUCGAAGGGGUCACCCGGUUUCUCGAUGAGCAAGCGCAGCGACAUUCGCAUGUUCCCAUGAGCGACGAAGACGUGGCAUUGAGGCUCUUUGCUGAGGAUGCGAGAGAUAAUCUACUCAGAUUUAGGCAAUUUGGCCACCCUGACCCCCUGGUUGAACAGCUUUUUCACCACCGCCGUGAUAGAAUUCGAGAGGCACCUGCGCCUCUCCCAAAUAGACAGCGACAGAGGGCUAUUCCUUUUGAACGGCCAGAGGAGAUUCCAUUAGAUCGUUUUCCCUGGCCCCAAGGUGUUCGACGGUGAGCAUGAUAUCUAUGUAUCUCGCCCAAUCUCACGCUAGCGGCAGACCACCUCGUGUCGUGUUCCCGGGUGCAUCUUCCUCCAGGAGCGCCAAUAUGAGCGAAUCACCUACUUGCUCCGUCUGCUUUGGUAACAUCGAAGGUCCUGUAAUAACCGCACCAUGCCGUCAUACAUUCGAUGCCGCUUGUAUGGAGGCACUUAUAUCUGCAUCAACCAAAGACGAGUCUCUCUUCCCGCCUAAAUGCUGCCUUGAUCCUAUUCCAAUCGAAUCUGUGCAAUCUCACGUCGAAGCCUCUGUUGUAGCCGCAUUCAAAGAAAAGUCCAUCGAGUUUUCGACUCCUAUCCGCGUCUAUUGUUCCAAUCCCAAUUGCAGUCGCUUCUUGGGCCCUAAAAACGACGGCAAGUCACCCUCCGCUCCGCUUACAUGCUCUUGUACCACGGUUACUUGCAAUUCUUGUCGUGGAACUAUCGCGAAUGGAGACAUACGCUCGCAUACCUGCACAUCAGAUACUUUAGAACAAGAGGUACGGGCUUUAGCUGAUAAGAAGAAAUGGGCAACUUGUCCUGGGUGCAACAAUCUCGUUGAGCUUUCUGUGGGGUGCAGCCAUAUGACGUGCCGCUGUGGUACACAAUUUUGCUAUCGUUGCAAUGCAGAGUGGGGUGCAUGCGAUUGUGCCCGUCGUGAAUUGCUAGCAAUGGGACAUGCACCACUACCUCGCGACCGCAUUUUCGACUACCUUCCUAUUUUUGCACAGCCUCUUGAUCGUCAUCCUCCUGCAAGAGCCCCACCUGUUAUGAGGGGGAAUGCUCCUCUUACGAGACAUAAUCUGGAGAGGUUGGGGGGUAUCGACCAUUCGCGGCCGUUGCCGCCGCAUCUACCGACCCCAUUCCACCGUCUGCGCAGACUUUCGACUCAGGCAGAAGCUGGUCCUGAUCGACACAACAAUAUGUUCAUACCUCAUUCGCGGCCAGACUUCGGAUCUAUGCGAGCCCAUAUAGAAAGUGGUAUGUCGAAUCCACCGCCAAUACAUAACUCUCCCGCCCUCCCUUUGGACCAGAUGUUUCCAGACACAGACCAUACGUCCCGUCCACCGAACUACGAGUCUCUAUCUAGGGAUAUGCCAUCCGAAAAUCCCUCGACGCUCCGGUUGCCACGACCUCUUCGCCCUGAUAUUCUGUCAAGACCUAUGUUAUUGCGCGCCUCCCGACCAGACCGCAUGCAAGGUGCAGGUACACGUACAUCACCCAUCGUAUUGGAUGACGAUGGUGAUACUGUGAUGGGUGCACCUGCUCCGGCUAUACCCCCGUUCCUCCAUAACACUAACCGCUCCUCGAUACCUCCGCCACGGGGGAUUGGGCCCUUCCGGCAUGCUAUCCGUGCGGAUGGUCCGGAUCUGAAUGUGAAUGUAGAUGAGAAUCCGUUUGCGACGAAUGUAAGACCACCCUGGGAAGAGCCACUGAUGUCGCUUUCUCCAUUGAGGGGGAGAGGCAGUGUAAGGCACGCUCCACCUCCCGCUGUUGCGGCAAGUGCAGGCAACUUGUACGAUCGACAGCCGCCAUUCAUGGAGCCUCAUACUGUCGUUCAGCCACCCGAUGCCAAUAUCUUGUACCAUACGAACAGUAGCAUCAAUUUUCCAGAUAUAUAAGUGACAUAUUUUGUUGUUUCUAAAGGUAUUCAAUAAAAGUUUUACGACAAUCCCUGAGUACUCCCAAGAACUUUUUCUGCCUGAUAAAAACUCAACCAAUGAAUCCUUC